AGCUGAUUUGGUUCACAUCGCAAGGUAGUCGCAAAGGAAAGUUGCAGGAGCUUCGAGCUUUUGCUAAGAAGUCUGUUCGCGCCAUGGAGGAGUUCAAGUCCAAGUUCCAGGCGGCCCUGGAGGAGCUGAAUUUCAAGCAGCGCUGCAACCAGCUGGCCAAGCUUGGGAAGGAGAUUAAGGCGGCUCAGCCCGCCAAGGUCCAGGAGAUUCUGGAUAGCCUGCUGCCGGAGGUUGACCAAGCCAGUGCCGGCGUGAAGGAGGCCUUUACAGAGAGGGCCCGCCUGAUCGUUGCGAAAGCGGCUGGGUGCCAAGGCUACGCCAAGAAGCUGCUGGACUCCCCUUCAAAGACCGUGGGCUUCUCUGCGGCGACGGGCGGACUUCUCAAGCCCCAGGAUGCGCGGGCGGCCUUUCUCUCCAGCGACACCAGCCGCAAGAUGAAGAAGUUCCUCUUGCAGUGCGACUCCUUGGAGUCCGACAAAGAGGUUUUGGAGCACGCCUUUGAGCUCUUUGGUGAGAAGGACAAGGAGCAGUUCUGGCCGCUCCUCGCACGCUCCAAGUCAGAGGAGCUUCUGGAAGAGUACCUCGAGGAGGACAAGCCGAUGAGAGAUUGGCUCAGCGCCAAGCACAGCGACAAGGUGCCCGGCCUGCCGCAGCUGGCACGCAGGUUCCCCGCCUUCAUGGUGAAGCUGGUCACCAACGGCGCGCUGAGGUGGCGCUGGUACUGGGUCACAGAGAUCCUCGAGCAGGACCCCAUGCCGGUUCUUCGGGCCACGCUGGUGGAGAUGCACACCCAGGGCUCUGGGCCAAAGGCGGGCUACUGCCCCAGCAAGAAGAACCAGGAUUUCUUCUCCACCUUGGCGCACUGGGGUUGGCGCCGGAAGCCCGAGAUGAUGCUGCAGCUGGUGGAGGAGAUGACCCACAAGGGCACGACAGGAAGCGGAGGGCAGUAUGUCAGCAAGGGCCGAGGCAAAGGCAUGGUGCUGAUGAAGGGCGCUGGAAGGGGCCGAGGCCGAGGCACAGGCGGAGGCGACAAGGACGCGCUGCCGGGGGUGGACCAGGUCAUCCGCCUGGGGGGCGAGAUCAUGUCGACGCACUCCACACGUCAUGCCCUCACGGUGAACAAGAAGAUCGCGCUGUUGAUGAAGAUUUGGGCGGUGCUGCCACAGGGCCACAAGAAGGCCAGCGUGGCUCAGCGGUUUGCAGAUCUGCUGCCGAGCUUCGCAUUGGAUGACCAUCGCCAGAACGAGAUCACGAAUCUGAUCAACGCAUUUUGGACGAUCCUGUCUGACGUAGGCCGCUCCGAUCGGCAAGAGCUGCUGGUGGGGCCAUUGGUGGCCACGGGUGGGCCCAACUCCGAGAAGAAGCCCACGGGCUGCACGGAAUUUCUGAAGCUCUUCACCAGGCGCUUGCCCCCACCCCUGGCAGUGGAACAGUUCUUCAAGGUGCUCGGGGAGUUUGAGGCUGGAACUCCUGCAUACAAGUUCAUCCAAAGCGACAUCUGCAAGUCGAGCAACGGCCGCCAUGACGAGCUCAUGAAGAGCGUCUUCAAGAAGUAUCUGCUGAAGGAGGACGAGGGCCCAGUGAAAGCGGCGGAGAUGUUCAAGGUGCUGCUGGCAGAUGCGCGGUCCAGGGAUGUGAUCCAGACCUCCUUCGACACCCUCACCGAGCACUUGGAAGGAUAUUCGGAGAUCGGGCUGCUGCAGACGGUGGUUCAGAAAAUGGGCAGCCUGGAGAAGCAGAGCAGGCAGAAGGGGACCCGGGAGAUCACGCCCGAGGCCUCGUUGCCGGUGCCCAUCGAUUGGCUGCAGUUCCUGAAGCUGCAGGAAGAAGCGGUGCCCCACGUCCAGUUCCUGCUGAUGGUGCUGCACACGGGCAUCGGGGAGUCGGAGCUGCUGGGGUCCAUGAUCACCAAGUUCGGGAAGAUCUUCUUCUGGGAUUGCCUUGGACACGUCCUGUCUGCAGCUCAAGGCAAGCUGGUGGAGCAGGCGAUCCCAGCGCCAGUUCUGGGCGUGCUGCAGGGCUUGAACGUGAAAGUCAUGGAGGAAGCGGACAAGAAGGCGAAGGCGGUCACCGGCGUGGCCGCCAGUGGCAAGAAGCGCGCCUCCAAGGGCUCCUUCGGCGUGGGCUCCGCGAUCUUCGGCCUGGAUGGCACCAAAUGGGGAUCAGUUGUGGCGGAUGAAGGUCGGGCGUGGAAGUUGGACAGUGGUCGCAUUGCCAAGAAGGAGACGGAGGGCGACAAGUGGACCUGGGCAGGUGGAGUUAGCACCAAAGGCGACGAGGGUGCCUGCAAGUACUUCCAAACUGUGGCCGACAUGAAGAAGAAGGCCAACGUGAAGGACCCUAGUGCGCGGCUGUCAGGCUACUCGGAUCUUAUGACCCUCGCGCAAAAGGAGAAGGACGCGGGCAAAGCCUUUGAAGACUUGUUGCCGUUCCUGCUGUCCCGCUUCAAUGCUGAGCAAGAACAAGGACGCUCACACAUCCUCUCUGAGCUCUUUGUGGGCAAGAAGCUGCCAGAUGACCUGUGGGAGGACAAGCUGGAGCAUCUCCGGAACUUCUGGAAAGUCAGCAGCAAAGCGCGGGAGAGUUCGAGCUACCAAUGCACCUGGAACAAGUGCGGCCGCCAGCUGGUGGAGAAUGCUUUGAAGAACUGGGGGAAGCCCAUCAAAGACGGCGAGGAGGCGCCGCCCUACCCCACCGAAGCGUGCCUCUUCGGCCUGGAGGUGGUCUCGGAAAUCGACCUCCCCGAGCUCCUGGUGAAGAGCCAUUCCAAGAUCGAGACCCUCAAGGACCUGGAGAACGCCACGCGCUGGGCGCUCGAGACGGCCGUGCCGCUGAGCGGAGAGCAGUCGGCGCCCCUGGAGGAUUUCUGGAAGGCUCUGAAGACCAUGAGCACCAUCAAGUUCUGCGGGGAGGAUCCAGAUGCAAUCACGUCCUGGCGAACGGAGAAGUCCGUCAAGGCGCACAAGGAGAAGUCCAGCACGUCCCCGGAGGUGUCCGUCAUGGAGCCAGGCUCCGUGGUACGGGGCGUGCAACGCGGCAACUGGCUGGAGCUGAUCAACGGUCAGGGCUUCAUGCUCAUCACGUCGGAGAAGACCGGCCUUCCCAUCAUGAAGCAGGAUUCCGGGAACACCGGGGAGAAGGGCCUGUGGGAGACGUAUCCCUUCGUCAGUGAAUGGUGGCGCAAGUUGCUGGCUGGAGGGGUCAAGCAGAAGGCCAUUGACUUCGUCUUCGUGGGAGUGCUGAACCUCCUGGCUGAUCGUCAGCAGCACUUUGUGGCCGGAGACAAGAAGUUGUCCAAGAGAUGGUGGGCGCCUGUGGAGUGCGAAGAGUACAAGGAUGCCGUGACUAACAUCCUCCAGCACAUUGAGUCCGGCGUAAUCCCCUCGAAGGAGGGCUCGGCCAUGAUCACGAGGCGAAUCACGGCUCUGAAGAACAUCAACAUCAUGACUGACCUGAAGUGGAAAGUGCUCGCCACGAAGCGCCGGGAAAGAGUGGAGGACCGGACCCAGAUCCAAAGCUCCGUGGGCCAGGCCCUGUCCCAGCUGCCUUUCCGGCACCUGCCUGCCACCAAGUGGGUGGAGGGAGAAUCCUGGGACAUCCAGAAGCACCACAUGUACACCCCGCUGCCUUGGCAGACGGGCCGGUGCAAGGACUCCAUCGCGGCACAGGAGCUCGACACCAUCAACAAGCUGCUCCAGCGCCCCAAUAGGCGCCAGGUGCUGUGGCAGAUCUCGGAGAUCGCCGCGAUGCUCUCCGGGCCCAAAAUCACCCAGCUCGUCGAGGCCAGCAUCGCCACGUUGAACGCGCGCUUCGAAGGCAUGGCCCGCACGGUGGGGCGGCACUACCCUUACCUGAACUCCGCCCUCACGAAGAACGAGACGUUGAAGGGGAGCUGCGACGUCCUCACGCCGCUGAUGGAGCUCUUGUUGUUGGAUGACCCCACGCGCGAUGCCUGCGUUGCCAAGCUCAUGGAACGCAAGGAUGCCGAGUACUUACUGCUGUUCGGAUGCAGCUUUGGUCGCCACCUGAGUACAGUGCGCCAGGAGUGGCUCCACAAGUGCCUUUGCAAGCUGAAAGCCAACGGCGAAGAGACGGAGUUCUUCCACUACCGCAACCGCGGGCCGAUGCUGAGCCAGAUUGCUCGCUACGGCAAGGGUGACCCCGGCUGGCGCAAGGCGCUCGACAACGCAAAGGGCGCGGUGCAGAUGUACCUGUGGCACCCGAAGACGCAGACCGAAUUCCUUAAGAAGGCGCUGUGGUCCACCGAGCAGUCGGAACUGACCCUCAUCCCACGCGUGGAGUUCGCGGAUGGCGUCUCCCGAGUCAGCGAGCUUCUGAGCAUCUACCCCAAGGAUCAGACCACCAAGGACAGCUCCGACGUCUGGGGCUGGGAGGUCAUCCAGGCGGCGGGCGCCUACAGCGACAUCAACCAAGAGGUGGAGAGGCGCUUCGCCGAGCUGCCAGAGCCUAGCUUCUGCGACAAGGUGGAUGACCCUGAGGUGGAGACCCUGCUGAGCGCCUUGGGCCGCUCCGACAACGCCAUGGGCGCCAUGAAGGUGCUGGGCCCCCACGCGGGCAAGGUGAAGCAGGCCAAGGAAGCGGUGACGAAGAUGAUCUCGCAGCUCAGCCCACCUCAGGCAAGAGUGCUGAUUCGGCAAGUGAUGCUGCCCAAGAAAGCGGGCGUAGGCCUUCAAGUGGCAGGAUUGAAGAAGAUCGUGGACCUGCGAAUUCCAGAUCCGUUGGAGCUCUACACCUAUGUGUGGCGCAAGGGGGAAUGCCAGCGAGAUGUGGCAGGCAACAUCCUGUCCAAGGUCGCGACCUCCGGAGAGUUCCCGCCCGAGGAUGUGCGCAUCUACUUCGAGUACUUCGACCGCACUGACAACCAAGAUGACCAAGCCUACGUGGCUCAGAUUUUGCUGGACCAGCUGAUCGAACAGCACGACUGGGUGCUGCCCUACUUGCCCAAGGUGGUCUCCAAGCUGGCAAUGGUGCCUGGAGCGACUCAGAAGUCCGUGCAAGCGCUGAAGCAGUGCACCUCCAACGUUGCUGAUGUCGUGCAAGCCUUGACGAGCAUCUUGCAAUGCUGUCGCCUCGCAGCCCGCACCGACCCCAAGCUCAACAAGGAAGGCACCGACGGCAGGGUUUUGGCGGACCUCAUCUCGCUGGUAUCCUUCAGUAACUUCACGGACGUGGUGAGCUGUGUGGGGCGCAUGUCGCUGGAGGAGUGCGACAGUCAGGUGCUGAAAACCUUCCUGCAGGAGGUCUUGCGAAGAUGGAGUGAUGCGCUGACAGCAAAAGAUUCCAACGCGAGGAGCUGCUUGAGCUGUGCAUUGGCAGUCUGGGUGAAGCUGCUUCGUCCCUCCGAGCAGGAUGUUUGGGCGAAGGAAAUCGCUGUCAUGGAGCAGCGCCUGCUGAAGGAUGGGGUGGCGGAGAGCUUGGGCCAGAUGGCGCAGGCAUUGGCAGGCUACGCGCCAGACAUGGGCCUGUCACCAGACGAAUGGGACGUGAUGCUCCAGACUCUUCGGAACCUCUUCGUUCGGCUCCUGGAUGGACCCCUCGAGGUCAAUGUGCCGGCGGCUGAGGGCGAGAAGCCAGCAGACGACACUUUCAAGAAGGAGAACAAGAGCCGCGAGACGGUACGACAGGAACUGCUGUUGGAUCACUGGGCGAAGCUUCUCUCGCAUGGCUGCACCGAGUCCGAGUCCAAGGAGCUCUUCAAGCGCUGUCCGGAGAAGUCAAGAGUGAGGCUCGCGCAGAAUUUGAUCGACUCCUGGUGGAAAUGCCAAACGGCGGAAACCGAGCGCGAAAACAAGGCAGCCUUCCAGCAAGAGAGGCCGGACGGCGGCUGGAAGCACACGGGCGGAAAGCCGAUCUCCCAAGUGGCCAUGGGCUCCAUCGUCAGCGGCACCGUCACCAACAGCUCUGCAACCUUCGGGGUCUACGUGAACUUUGGUUGCGAGAAGGAUGGCAAGCUGAGCGUGCCACUGGCAGAUUGGAAGAAGUACCGUGUCGGCGACCGGGUGGAGAGGAUGGUCGUGAACAAGGUCAAUGUGGAGCGGAAGUUUGUGGACCUGCUGGUGGUGGGGUCCAAGGGCCAGUCUGUGGGCCUGGAGGCUUCUAAGCAGGUGGCCAAGCGGGCCUUGAGCUGGGUGGCUUCGGACCCAGAGCUCCGCACCACGUUCAUGGUCACCCUGCAGAAGAUGCUGGCGCAGAUCCUGGUCGCCGGCGGCAGCGAAGAGUUCGAGCCGAGUCUCGGCCUUCUGGGCCAGCCCAUGGAUGCGAAAGAUAGCGUGAAGAUGGCGCAGCUGGUCCUGGAGCAGAGCCCCAAGGUGGACCUGAUUCGCACCACGCUGACCUGGCUCAGCAAGAUCUCUCCUGCAGACGCGGUCCGCUUGUGGCCACAGCUGAUCCAGAGCCACAAGAAGCUCCAAGACUCUGGCGACGACAUCAAGACCCUGCUUACCUUGUGUGAACAAAAUGGCUUGGAGUUGCCGAAGCUGUCUCAGGCUGUCUACAGGGACAUGCCGGCAUCAACAUUGCAGAGCCUCUGCAGCUCCUCCCUUCCAGAGGCGCGCUUGGCGGCCAUCCACGUGCUGAGGGAGCAGCACAAGACGGGGGCGCCCCCCGACGAGCUCCGCGCUUUGUGCGGCGACCCUGUGGUGGUGGUGCGGGCCUCCGCCAGAGACCACUGGGUGGCUUUGGGAGGCAAGGACGAAGGAUGGCAGAAGAAGAAGGACGCCGAGAACGCGGAAGAGGAGGAGGAGGACGACGACGCCUGAGGCGACCGGCGGGCAACCGGCGAGCGACCGGCGGGCUGGGACCGUGGGUCGGGGGCUUGCAGAGCCCUGGCCCAUUCUCAGGGCUAGGGAGAAGCGCCCGAAAGCGCUGAACCCCGCGGUUUUUGGCUUUUAUGCGCUGGGUGCUUCACGGCCGAAACUCGAACAGCGAC